AUGGAGGAGGAGUUCGAUGGCAUGGAGGGCUUCGAGGGCGCGGAGGACGAGAAGGAGCUGGUCACCUUCAGUAUCACGAUCAGCGACGCCCCGGGCGCGCCGGAGUGCUCGCACCGCCUCUCGCUGGCGCCCGGGGAGGUGCUGAAGAUAGGCCGCAGCGCCAAAUGCGGCAUCUGCGUGAACCGAUCGGAGGUCUCGUGGAACCACCUCGAGGUGCGGCCGCUGCCGGGCCUGGGCGCGCUGGGCUGCCGGCCGUCGCUGCGCGUGCGCGACGUGUCGGCGAACGGCGCGGGCCUGCAGGCCAGGCGGCCGGGCGCAUCGGACGAUGGGCAGGCCGCCGAGGUGCAGAGACUGGCGAAGGGCGCGGACAUGGAGGUGUCCCACGGCUCCCUGCUUUUCUUGCCGUUCCGCACCAACAAGAAGAGGGAGGGCCAGGACGUGCACCGGACGCAGUUGACCGUUCGCAUCGACGACCAGCUCAGGGACUCUGCAGGCCUCGAGCCCACCUGGUGCCCCUCGCCGUCGCCGGACGAGCCGCCGCAGGAGGCCGCAGACGCCGUCGCCGUCGCGGACGCGGCGGUGGAGGCCGUGGCCGGCCUCGCGGGCGCCGGGGCGCGGCAGGCGCGCCGGAGGCCGCGCGGCUCCAGCAGCGGCAGCAGCGGCAGCCGCAGCAGCCGCAGCAGCGUCGCCAGCGGGGGCGCCCGGGGCGACGCCGUGGCGGCCAAGACCACGAAGGAGGCGCCCCUUGCCGCCGCCACGAACGGCCGCACCGUGAACGGCAGCAGGGCCAAGCCCGCGGCGCUGGCUCCCGGAGCGGAGGUGCGGGUGGUUGGUUUGCAGAAGCGGGGCGAGCUGAACGGCAAGGUGGCCACCGUGGUGGCCUGGGACGCGGCGGGGGGCUUCUGGAAAGUCCGCCUGCAGGAGGACGGCUCUGGGAAGGCCUUCCGGCCCGCGAACUUGGAGCCCGUGGUCUCCGGCACAGCAGAGGCUUCCAGCAAGCGCGCCCGCAAGGGCCUCGCCGCCAGCUCCGCUGCGGAGAUGCUGGCGCGAUGCCAGGCCUUUGCGCGUGAGCAGGAACUCAAGCGGGAGAUGGAGUCGGAGGCCGCGGGCGACGGCGACCCCCCGCCGCCCCCGGACGGGCCGCCGCCCGCGGAGGCCGCGGCGGGCUCCGCGCAGCCGCCACCGUGGCGGCCGCGGCCGCCGCAGCCGCAGCGGCGAUGA